UCACAGAAGAAGAGAGGGAGACAGAAACACAUUGACAAUGUACUGCUUUACCAGGAUUUCAAAGUUCUCAAGCUACACAGGUCAGAAAUAACCGCUAUGUACUGUUUACCCACCUAACCAGGCGUGGAAGAUUGGCUUGUUGUGUGGGCUGCGAGAUUCAGACUUCUAGAAGCUACUGGAAAGAAUCCCUUAAGAGGAAAUCAACAUAGUUUGUGAUCAGUCAUAAAAAGAAUACUGCAUAGUGUUGGGUUUUGGCCGCAAGGAUGUUAAGAGCCAUGGACAUGUCCCAGUCACAAUUCCUGUACUGCCCUUGUUGGGAUCCUUGGAAGAUAGGAUGCAAAAGGCUUAUGAAAAGCAAAGCAGGCCAGCUAAGCCAGAAGCCUAAAUCACCUCGAUUAGGUGUGAUCCUGAGAGACCAAAGCAACUUCCCCUUGGCAGGUACACCUAGAGUAAGAUUUCCCCACAAGACUUAUGUACAACAGUUAAGAAGCAGGGAGCCCCGAGAUAUAUCAAAAGAGUUUGAAGAGGAGGUCAUUCCUGGCUUCACCUUGACCCGUAGUAAAGAACAUAUUGAUGUCACUCUGGGGCAAGAAUUCUUUGAGAGGAAAAAACCUGCCGAGGAACCCGCCAGGCCCGUUGUGCCGAGCACUCCACCUAAGCUUGAAACGGAGGAUGUUGUCGCUGACCUAGUGGACCAGAUUUCUGAGCUCACAGCCAUGAUGGAGCAACUGCGCCGGGAUAAUGAGGCAACCCACAGACAGCUGGAGAAGGAUAUGGAAAUGAAAUGCAGUGAGAUGCAAGAGGAACACGAGAAUAAAAUGAGGGAGAUUCAAGCGUUCCAUGCAUCGGAAUUGUCUGCCGUGGAAGAGCAGUACAAAAAAGAGUUGCGGAAUGAGAGGGCAACGGCCCAAGAGAAGCUGGCUGGGAUGCAAAAAGAAUACAAGUAUUUGAAGAAUGCAUUUCGUGUGUACCAGGACAGCAUAUCUGAUGAAAUGGAGGAAAAGUGGCUGAGAAGACAGGCGGAAUGGAAGAAAAGUGAGAGGACUGAGCGGGAGAAGGCACUGUUGCAGCAAAAGCAAUCCUUGACAAAAAAAUUUGAACAAGAAAUAGAGGAACAGAAAAAGAUUAUUCAGAAUAACAGUUUUUUGGUAGGCAAAGUCUAUGAGCAAGAAAGAGAGGCAUUUCAAAAGCAGCAACAGACCACUAUGAAUACUAUAAAUGAGUUAAACCAGAAGAUUACGAGUCUGGAGACAGAAUUAAAUGAGAAGAAUGAGACUUUGAACGCCAUUGCUUCGUCUCUUCACAACACAGAGCUGGAACUCCGGAAUGAGAAAGCCAACUUGCUAGAGAUGGAGAAAAUGAUCCAGCACCGAAUUGCAUCAAUUGAAGAGAAGCAUCGGAUUAAUGUUGCUUCUUUAGUGGAAGAAAAUGUGAUUUUGAGACGCAAGCUUAUUGAGAAGAAUGAAGAACUAUACAAUGAACGUAGCCGAAGAAGUAGCAUCUUUGAGCCACUUAACUAAGACUGCAAAUGAAGAACCAGUAAGUGCUUUCCUCAGACAGGGUGGUAAGACUCCACAUUUCUUCAAAAGAUCCUAAACCAAAUCUGUACUGUUUGUAGAUUAAAAAAAACAACCAACCACCCGGACCACCUCUGUGGAUGACAUUAAAUCAGAAUUUACUGUUCAUGAGACAACGCAUAACCCAGGAAACCUGAACUCUUACAAACUGGCUUUA